AUGGACAAAUUUGUAAUAAGGAAAAAGGCUAGAGCGGAUGAAGGUACAAGUGGGAGUACCCCAAAAUCGUCUAAACCCGUUCCUAAUUGUGAUGAGCAAGUUGAUUUAGAAAAUCUUCCAAUUGAUCCAGCAGAAAGAACACGAAUUUCAGACUAUCCUUCUAAAUUCCAAGAGGCGGUAAGACAAAAAUAUAUUACCAUUGGUCCUAUCCAACCUCGCAUUCAUAUCUUUCCCCAAAAAUUGAUUGGCAAUAAGUUGAGAAGAUUUAACUCUAGUUGGUAUGAUGAUUAUAGCAAUUGGUUAGAAUAUAGCAUUAAAAAAGAUGCAUUGUUUUGUUUGCCUUGCUACUUGUUCAAACCUGAGGGGUAUAAAGGUGGGGGUGAUGCUUUUGUUGUUGAUGGAUUUUCAUCUUGGAAUAAAAAGGAUAGGUUAGAUUUGCAUGUUGGUGAUAUUGAAAGCUCACACAGUAAAGCUGUUGAAAAAUAUUUAAAUCUGAAAAAUGCCCAUGCUUCCAUUGAAACAGCAUUCAAUCCAUUGCAAACACCUCAAAUGAAAAAUGAUUAUAAGACUCGUUUAAAUACAUCUAUUGUAUGUGUUAGAUAUUUGUUGCGGAUGGGAUUGGCAUUUCGUGGUCAUGAUGAAUCUGAUGAGUCAAGUAAUCGGGGAAAUUUCAUUGAACUUGUAAAAGCUGCUGCUGUUUUGAAUGGUGAAAUUGAUAAAGUUGUGUUAAACAAUGCUCCCAAAAAUCUACAAAUGACUGCUCCUAGUAUUCAAAAAGAUAUUGUGCAUGCAUGUGCUAAAGAAACAACUAAAGCUAUUAUUGAAGAACUUGGAGGUGAUUUGUUUGGCAUACUAGUUGAUGAAUCUAGUGAUGUUUCUGUCAAAGUGCAAUUGGCUGUUGUGUUGCGUUUUGUUAAUAAGUCGGGUUUGGUUGUGGAACGUUUUCUUGGACUUAUGCAUGUUCCUAAUACUUGUGCCAUAUCUCUCAAAUCUGCCAUUGAAUCUUUAUUGUUGGAAAAUGGGUUAAGUAUGACAAGUGUACGAGGACAGGGUUAUGAUGGGGCAAGUAAUAUGCGUGGUGAAUUUGGUGGACUUAAAACAUUGGUUUUGAAUGAAAAUAGGUCAGCUUAUUAUGUUCAUUGUUUUGCCCAUCAGUUACAAUUAACACUUGUAGGAACUUCUAAGAAUCAUGUUGAUGUAAUUUGGUUCUUUGAUGUCGUUUCUGAUAUACUCAAUGUUGUUGGAUCUUCUUGUAAGAGGCAAGAUAUUCUUCGAGAAAAACGUGCCAUGAGAGUUGCAGAGCAAAUAAAUAAUGGUGAGAUUGAAACUGGAAAGGGGUUAAACCAAGAACUUGGUCUAAAAAGACCGGGGGAAACAAGGUGGGGAUCUCAUUAUAAAUCAUUGUUGAAUUUGAUUGAGUUGUACCCAGAUGUGAUUGAUGUAUUGGAUUUCAUUUAUAGUGAUGCUUCUUUUUCGGGACAUAGAAAGAAUGCACGUGGUCUUAUGGUUUCAUUACACUCAUUUGAUUUUGCAUUCAUACUGCACCUCAUGUUUGAUAUUUUGGGUAUCACAAAUGAGUUAUCAUUAGCAUUGCAAAGGGAGGAUCAAGAUAUUAUCAAUGCAAUGGAUUUGGUCGGAGCAUCCAAGCAACGCCUCCAAUUGAUGAGAGAUGAUGAGUUUGAGGAUUUGUUAGAAAAGGUAAAUCAGUUUUGUUAUGGUCAUGAUAUUGAUGUUCCUAACAUGAAUGAUUUUUAUAUGACUCCAGGAAGACCAAAGAGAAAUGCUCCAAAAAUCACUUAUGAACAUCACUAUCGCGUAGAGGUGUUUUAUGCUACUAUUGAUUUACAACUUCAAGAGCUUAACAAUCGUUUCAAUGAAACCAAUACGGAGUUGCUCCGUUGUGUGGCUUGCUUGUGUCCUAAGAACUCAUUCCAUAAUUUUGAUGUGGUGAAAUUGGUAAAAAUGGCAGAACUAUAUCCCUAUGAUUUUGAUUCAAAUGAUAUUAGGGGACUUUCUUCUGAGUUGAGAAACUUUAUCAUUGAUGUGCGACAACGUGAUGAGUUUCAAGGUCUUGUUGGAAUUGGUGAUCUUUGUAAAGUGAUGGUUGAAACAGGGAAAUAUGUGAUAUAUCCAUUGGUACAUAUUCUCAUAAAGCUAGCAUUGCUUUUACCAGUUGCGACUGCAAGUGUGGAAAGAGCCUUUUCUGCCAUGAAAUAUGUGAAGUCCGAAUUGCGUAAUAAGAUAGGUGAUCAAUUUUUGAAUAAUUGUUUGGUGGCAUACAUUGAAAGGGAUAUUUGUGAGACUAUUUCCAAUGAAAUUGUUAUGUACCACUUUCAAAAUAUGAAACCUCGUCGAGGGAAACUACCUUAG